GGUUUAACCUGUUGCUGUUGUUCUUUCAAAGAAGAAGAACAAUCAACCCUGUUCUGUUGUCACUGAAGGUAGAAGCGAAAAGUGUUUUAUUUAUCUAUUUUUGUAUAUCUUCUACUUCUCAUUAAAUACGGUUGAAGCAGAUCUGUGGAAGUGAUCGAGUCCUCGGGUUCAGUCAAACGCCCACCAGUUACUGAAGAUCAGUGGCAUGUAGGUUUUGCCUCACUAGCAGCAUUCACCACGGCCGGGGAAAUCAGACCCAUCGUGUGCAGGGUGGUUAUCUACCUACAGCGGGACAUGUCAGGAGAAAGCUGCCUGCACCAGCUUCAACCUCAAACCGGGCCCAUUGUGUCCGUCUCUUCAGUGGCCUGCCCAAAGACUAACACCUGCACUUACCGCGGUGUCACCGGCAACAAGUACGUCCAGCUCAAUGUCGGUGGAAAUCUUUACUAUUCCACACUGCAAGUGCUCACCCGACAGGACACCCUCCUGAGAUCCAUGUUCAGCGGCAAGAUGGAGGUGCUCACCGAUAAGGAAGGUUGGAUUCUAAUAGAUCGCUGUGGGAAACACUUUGGUUUGAUUCUCGGCUAUCUCCGUGAUGGAUUUGUGACCUUGCCCAAAAGCAGACAGGGCAUCAUGGAGCUCCUAGCAGAAGCCAAGUAUUACCAGAUGCAGGGAUUGAUAGACUUGUGCCAGAGGGCCCUGCAGGAUAACGAAGAAAAGGCUUUGUGUGUUAUCCCAGUCAUAACAUCUCCUAAAGAGGAAGAGAGGUUGAUACAAGGCUGCGUAAGGCCUGUCGUAAAACUGCUUUACAACCGAGGUAACAACAAAUAUUCCUACACAAGCAACUCGGAUGACAACCUGCUCAAGAAUAUCGAGUUGUUCGAGAAGCUGUCUCUGAGCUACAGCAGCCGCGUGCUCUUCAUUAAAGACGUCAUCGGAGACGAGAUCUGCUGCUGGUACUUUUACGGACAGAGCCGUAAGAUAGCGGAAGUCUGCUGCACGUCCAUCGUGUACGCUACUGAGAAGAAGCAGACGAAGGUUGAGUUUCCAGAGGCGCGGAUCUACGAGGAGACGCUAAAUUCCCUGCUCUACGAGACUCUCCCGGUCCCAGAUAACUCCCUGUUGGAGGCCACCCGCAGACGGAACAAUUGUUGCUCACACAGCGAAGAGGAGGAGGCCGUGGAGCUGAGGGAGCGCGUGCGGCGCAUUCACAUUAAAAGAUACAGCACUUAUGACGACAGACCACUUGGACAUUAGCCUAGCUGUGAAUCCAAGAUGUUUAUUUAUAUAUAUAUAUAUAUAUAUAUAUAUAUAUAUAUAUAUAUAUAUAUAUAUAUAUAUAUAUAUAUAUAUAUAUAUAUAUCCUCUCAUCUAGUGUCUCUGUUUUCACGUUGUCUGUGAAGAACACUAAACUACCAGCGCUGUUUAACCACUUUGUAGAUCGCUGCCUGAAAGAAUUGCUGCUUUUUUUGGACGACAAUGUUUUGGAUGAAACGCGGCUUGAACAUUAAUGUGAACGUAACGCAAAAAGAUUAUCAAGAACUAACAACAGUUCCUAUUUUUUAAUUUAUUCACCUCAUUAUUUUAUCUUCUUUUUACUUUUUUAGGAAAACACUAUGUUUUUGAACGGUAGUUACUAACCUAAUCAUAGAAUGACAUCUUGCCAAGAUGAAUUUGCCAAGAAGUACAUUACUCCGUUUCUGCUAGCUGUACAGGAUCAUAUACUCCGUUACAAUCCUGCCUUAUGCCUACAUUAAUCAUCAAGUACUGUGAUUUGAUACAGAGGAAAUCGCGUGUACGGACUUGGGGUGUUGUAUUUGGGAAAAUCGGGUUGUAGUGUUUGAUUUUUGUCUGGUAAGAUAAAAAAAUGUGUUUUUAAUAGUUCAUGAUUGAAUGAAUGUGACCGAAAAAGUUUCCAGCUCUAGUUUUUUUGGCCAUCGCCAAAACAAUUUCUCAAACUUAAAAUCUUUUAAACAAUAAAUCUGGUUUAUUUGUUUAUUG